AUGUGUCCACAAAUUGAAAGGCUGCUUCGGUUUGAGGAAUCUGAUGUGGAGGACAUGCUUCGGUUUGAAAAUGUCUUUUUGCCAACUAUAUUCCCAUCAUUAGUUCUAGCUGACUUGAAAGCAGCUAGGGCUACUUGGUUGCAGUUCGAUGAGCCAAAGCUUGUGCUGGAUUUGGACUUUCAUCAACUGAAAGCAUUUACGGAUGCUUAUUUACAGAUGGAAGAGUCCUUAUCUGGUUUGAAGGUUAUUGUUGAGACCUACUUUGCUGAUGUGCCGGCCGGAGCAUAUAAGACUAUCACGUCAUUGAAGGGCAUCUCAGCUAUUGGGUUUGAUCUGGUUCGUGGAGAGAAGACCCUUGAAUUGAUCAAGAGUUUGGGUUUUCCUUCCAGCAAGUAUCUGUUUGCUGGAGUUGUUGACGGUCGUAACAUUUGGGCUAAUGAUCUCACAACAUCUCUUAAGACGUUGAAAGCUCUUGAGAGCAAGGUCGGCAAAGAAAAGCUUGUAGUUUCCACUUCCUGUUCCCUUCUGCACACAUGUUAAGAUCACAAUGAUCAGGCGGUUUUAACCAUUGGAUCAAACGCC